AUGGCUCGUCCUCUGGACGAGAGUUUGCUGCGAUUGUUCAAAUCGUUCGUGAAUCGAAAAGACGCAGAAUCUUCGGACGAUGAAUUUUUGAAUUCCAAAAUCUCAAGACCGGAGAAGCUCAAUAUCUUUGAUUCAGAGGUAGGUUAUUCAAUUUGCUUUUACUUUUUAGACAACAGACGUUUCAUACUUUAAAAUCUUGCUAAUGAACUAGAAUUUACUUUGAAAUGCACUUUUAAAUCUCGCUUUUGCGGGAAAAGCGCGUUUUAUGGGUCAUUUUUUUCUAUUUCUGGGUCAGGUCUUGCUUUUUUUUCUGUUAUUUUUUCCAAAAUUUUAUACUUCGAAAAGUUGGAGGUAGAAAAUUCGAAGAAUGAUCUUAAGAAAGCUUUGUUUUAGACGUUUGGACGUUUUUGUUUGUCUAUUUUAUAGGUAACAAUACUUUCGUGACGUUUAUUGAAAAUACUACUAUUUUUGUUAAUUUAGGUAACAUUUUGUUUUAAUCUGCUCGUAAAUUAUUCAUGUCAAUCUGAUCUUUAAUUCUUUGUUUGAACUUUUUGCCUUUUUUAAAGGAACUUUUGUUUUAUGCUUGAUAAUGUUGUUAACGUUAUCUUUGCUGGAAAUUAUUCUUAUUUCUUUCAGAACUCAAUGAGAUCUACUAAUAACAACACAAUUCCAUUGAAAUUGGAUACUUCACAUGUCGAAGAAUUUUACUCAUUAGCAGAUUCAUUACACGAAGAAUUUGAACAGAUCAAUGUUAGCAGGGAAGCUCCAUCAAAAGUUAAAGGAUCAGUCGAGGAGUUAAUGCAGAAAGUGCAGCUACAAGAAGCUGCAGAAGGCUAUGUACACAACACAAUAGACAGAGGUUGGUUUUUCGUUUAAUUUUUUGUUUGAAUUUUAGUUUAGUAUUGAUUAUUUGAGGUUUUACAUGAGAAUCUACUAUAAUAUAGCCUUUUUGGUGGUGCGUGUAGGUUUUUUUUAUCUUGAACUUAUCUACCUUUUUGUUUAUUGUGUAUAAAUUGAUUUCUGACGAAAGAAUCUAUGUCAAACCUUUUUAGUGCUAGUAGUAAUAAGAAAGAAGAUAAAGCACACAACAGACCAAUACGAGAUAACAGAGACGUUGUGUACAGAAUUGGAAAGUUUAUAUGGCCUGAACCGGUUGGAUGUGGAUCACACUGGUCUGUGUCUAAAAAACGACAAAUACACGAUAGCAUUUCUAGUGCUACUGGAAUCCGAAUUUGCAGAUGACGUGAUACGAAGGUUUCAGAUGAAUAAUGUCAACAAUCAUGACUAUGGUAAGUCGGUUUAUCGACCAUAUUAGUAGCAAUUACACUUUAUAUGUCUAGUAGAAUCUUUUCUUUGUUUUGUAUAUAAUGGCCUGUUAAUUUACAUCUGUUUUCAUACUGUAUUCUGUAUUUUCAGUGCUGCUAUGCAGAGGUGACCGUUUUGUUAUGAGUUCAUUGAAGGGUCUCAAAAUAGCCUCAAAAACUCUAUUAAACAAAGUUUUGGAUGAACUUAUUGAUCGGACAUAA